CUGGCGGUCACGAGGCCAAUCGUGAAUGUUUUCAAGAUAGAUGGGUCAGCGUCUGGCAUGACAGUCAAGAUGCCAGCCGUCUUCUCGGCCCCUCUGCGUAGCGAUUUGUUGAACACUGUUCACGAUCAGAUGCGCAAAAACUCCCGGCAGCCGUAUGCGGUGAGCGCAAAGGCUGGCCAUCAAACGUCAGCGGAAUCCUGGGGUACCGGUAGAGCGGUGGCCCGUAUUCCCCGGGUCCGCGGUGGUGGUACUCAUCGAUCCGGACAGGGUGCCUUCGGUAAUAUGUGCCGUGGUGGCCAUAUGUUUGCUCCAACUAAGGUGUGGCGUCAUUGGCACCGGCGAAUCAAUGUACAGCAGCGCCGGUACGCUAUGUGCUCAGCCAUAGCGGCGACUGGUGUCCCUGCAUUGGUUAUGGCUCGAGGUCACCGGAUUGAUCGUGUCCCCGAAUUGCCUUUGGUCUUGUCUGAUGAACUCGAGUCCAUCAAGAAAACCAAGGAGGCCGUAAAGGUAUUAAAGUCGAUUAAAGCCUGGUCCGACAUCCAAAAAGUAUAUAAUUCACAGCGUUUCCGUGCUGGUCGCGGUAAGAUGCGCAAUCGGCGUCGCAUCCAAAAGCGUGGUCCUAUUGUUAUUUAUCGGAAAGACGAUGGUAUCACUCGAGCCUUCAGAAAUAUCCCCGGGGUUACGCUCAUCCGAGUUAGCGCGCUCAAUAUUCUUAAGCUUGCCCCUGGAGGUCAUAUGGGAAGACUGGCCAUCUGGACGGCCGGUGCAUUCCACCAGUUGGAUAAAAUCUAUGGUACCUGGAAAACACCAAGUGUGAAGAAAUCCGGCUUCCAUCUACCAAUGCCGAAAAUGACCAACGCAGAUCUCGGACGUCUUCUGCAUUGUCGAGAGAUAACAUCCAUCCUGCGACCUCGUUUGAUGCACUUCCAGCGUCCUGGAUCGAAAGUCAAGAAAAAUCCAUUGAAGAACCUACAGGUAAGGUGA